AAGAUGCAAUUCGGAAGACGGACAUGCACGCUGACCUGGCGGGAUCAGCUUGCAGUUCGUAACAGCUGCGGAUACUUUUCAAGCACGAGCGGCGGGGGAAUACGAUUCUACUGCCACACUGAAAGUUGAGCUUUCGGAGCUUUGUCAAUCUUCGCAUUCUUCCGACAGGUCGUCGUACCCAAUUCGGAGUGCAGGUGUGUCGUGAAGACGAGAAGUGAGUCUCGUCUUCCGAGAAAACAUCGGAGAAAGUGAAGUUUUAGGGUUUUGUCAGUCAUUCGAAAACAACUUUUCCCGCGAACAGCUCUGGCGUGGAAUGGACGUCGAGCGCUGAAGAAAGCGACGAUGGUGGCGGGGAAUCUGUAGGCUUCUCCUCUGAUUGUACCCCUGGACAGCAUUGAAGUGGAAAGAUGGUGCGGUUAACCGCGGAUUUGAUUCUUCGCUCUCCUCAAUACUUCAACGCUGUCCGAGAGCGCGAGCUGGACUUGAGGGGGAACAAAAUUGCUGCCAUUGAAAAUCUGGGCGCAACUGAGGAUCAAUAUGACAGCAUUGACUUGUCGGACAAUGAGAUAGUGAAGCUGGAAAACUUCCCAUACUUGAAGCGAUUGACGACUCUUCUGGUCAACAAUAAUCGAAUUGCUCGCAUCAACCCCAGCAUCGGAGUUAGUUUGCCGAAACUUCAAACGCUGAUUCUAACGAACAACCGGAUUCUGAAUUUGGCCGACCUCGAUCCGAUCGCAACGUUAUUGAAUCUGCACACUCUUAGUCUGCUGGACAACAAUGUGACCAAGCAGCCGAGUUAUCGGCUCUUUUUGAUACACAAGCUCCCCAAGCUUCGGCUUCUCGAUUUUAAGAAAGUGAAAAACAAGGAGCGCCUUGAAGCAAAGAAGAUGUUUGGCACUAAAGGAGCCGAAGCUGAAGCCAAGAAAAUUACAGCGAAAACGUUCGUCCCAGGGGAGGUUGCACCAUCUGUAGAGCCACCACAGCCAGAGGAGGCGCCCAGAACUGGACCCACACCAGAGCAAAUGGUUGCCAUCAAGGCUGCCAUUGCCAAUUCUCAAACGCUUGAAGAAGUCGCAAGGCUUGAGAAGGCUCUAAGAACAGGACAAUUACCGGCUGAUUUGAUAUUAACUGGCGAUGAGGAUCUUCGGAAGCCAAAAACGGAUGGACCUGUUCUAGAGAGCCCAGCAGAAGAGCCUGAAAAGGUCGAGAGCAUGGAAGAGGACUGAUGCGUCAUCAUUUUAAGAAUCACAGCACUGGGCUGCGCAUAUGCUCCCCCAAAAAGAACUUGACACUAGCAGUGGAUAUUGGUAUGUAACCGAAGAGUGCCAUGGUUCAGAGGUUUAUAUUCACCACAACGUGGACAGAGCUACGCUGAGAAGCAGUCAAUUGUAGAGGUGUAGUCGGUACAAAUUUUGCAUACUUGAAAGUUUAGUGUGUGCCAUCGAUUUUUGAUCAGGUAGUCUGCAGGUUGACUGUGUAGAGUAGUGAAGGUACUGACAGCGACUAGAUUCUGGUGCAAGCAGCUCCUUUGAAAGAGGACCGUAACAGUACUGAAACCGGGCGACCAUGCGAAGGUUAUUUGUAUCGAUGCUCCACGGGGGAGUUGUAAAAAUGAUGUGAAUGCCUUACUUUGGAUGUCAAUGUUCAAUGAUCUUGGGAAGUAGGAAUGCCGAAGCGGGUCUAGUUUGUAUCAUGUUAUUUGAGUGCCAAUCAGAGGUGCAUUGAUCACCCUUCA